ACAAUUUUAAGGGAACAUAAUAGUCAAUUGCUUGCUUCUCUAAAUCAACGGAGGCACUGAAGCAAUCGGCCAUGGAAGUUGCAUCAGCAGAGAUCAUAGUGGAAGAAUGGAACGGCUCCUCUUCCACCAAACUCUCCAGAACCGCCACCAUCACUGCGUCUCCUUCCCUCUCCAUCCAAAGAUCCGGUAGCCCUUUCCACCAUGUUUGGAGGCGAAUUCUGGAAGCAUUUGUACCAGAGGGCUUUCCCAGCAGUGUAACUCCAGAUUAUGUACCUUUCCAAGUCUGGGAUUUACUCCAGGGUCUUUCUACUUACAUAAGGACCAUGCUUUCUACACAAGCUCUGCUGAGUGCUAUUGGGGUGGGCGAGAAAUCGGCUACGGUAAUUGGUGCCACCUUUCAGUGGUUUUUGAGAGACUUAACUGGAAUGCUUGGAGGUAUCUUAUUCACGUUCUAUCAGGGUUCGAAUCUGGAUAGCAAUGCCAAAAUGUGGCGCUUAGUUGCAGAUCUUAUGAAUGAUCUUGGAAUGUUGAUGGACCUUGUUUCACCUUUGUUUCCAUCAGCUUUUGUUUUUGUGGUUUGUUUAGGAAGCAUAUCGAGAUCAUUCACUGGUGUUGCAAGUGGAGCUACUAGAGCUGCUUUGACACAACAUUUUGCCCUUCAGAGUAAUGCAGCAGAUAUAUCUGCUAAGGAAGGAAGUCAAGAGACAGUGGCAACAAUGGUUGGUAUGGCAUUGGGUAUGCUUCUUGCUCGCGUUACCAUGGGACACCCACUAGCUAUUUGGUUUUCCUUUUUGUCUCUCACCAUGUUCCAUAUGUAUGCAAACUACAAGGCUGUUCGAUGCCUUGCAUUAAAUUCUUUGAACCCUGAGAGGUGCUCAAUUGUUUUGCAGCAUUUCAUGAAGACUGGCCAAGUUCUCUCUCCUCAACAGGUCUCUAAGAUGGAGCACGUUUUACCCGUAUGGGCAUCUUCAUGGAGCUCAAAGAAGACAGAGUCAAUGCAUGUGGACGUAUCUUUAGGUGUCAGGGUAUCCUCACUAAAUCAUCUGGAACUGAAGGACCUGUUGCAUUCUGCGGGAUCUCAUUAUAAGAAAGCCAGGUACUUGCUAAUGGAGAGGAAAGGAAACAUCUGCAUUGUCAUGCAUAAAGAUUCUACAGCGACAGAUGUAUUGCAGUCAUUUUUCCAUGCAAAUGCCAUGGCAAAUCUUACAGCAAAACGCCGAAUCCUUCAUUCUGAAAGCCAGGCAUGGAUGGAUAAACACUAUGAAGAUUUUAUUCAGAAGUUAAAGACAUCGGGUUGGAAAACAGAACGUCUCUUAUCGCCUACAAUCGUUUGGAAGGCAAAUUGGAUCUGUGGGUCUUCAGAUGGAAAGAUUGACUAGGAACGUCACCAUUGAUGAGAUCUUCGUAUACAACAACACAGAUGUUUACAGCUGAUAUUGAUCAUUUCACCCUCAGUUCUGACUACUGAUUGGAAGAAGGGCCUCCCAUCAUCUUAUACAAUGGUUUAGAAUGUGCCCUUUUUGUUAAUGAUUCAGUUUUGGAAGGACUAAAAGCGUUUUCUGACAGCUAAGAACGCUUUGACUGUGUUUGCUUUCUGUAGAUGUACUUGUCAGAUGCUUCUUCGGGAAGUGUGCUUUUACAUGAUGCGCACUUAGAUUUUCAGUUGAAAUCUGUCAAGUGUUUAUAGUAGAAGCACUUCUAGAAGAAGCGUUUAAGAGAAUAAGUAUUUUCUGGAGAAACAA